AUGUUCGUCGACAUGUUGACGUCAGAAAGAGUUGCUAGCUUUGCCGAAUUGUCGUUUGAAAUACAAACAAAAUAUCAAUCCUUCUUUUUCACAUCUUCUUUUUUUCUUUUUCAUAACUCUUCUUUCUUUAUUUCUUUCUUUCAUUCAUUUAUUCUUUCUUUCUAUUUUUUUCAUCCUGUUCUUCUUUCGUCUCUAAUCUCUAUUUGCCUCUUCGUCUUCACAUUUGUUUCUUUCUUACAAAAUUCUUUCUUUCCUUUUCUGUUUCCUUCUUUAUUUUCUUUUUCUAUUGUUUUUCUCCGUUCUAUCUUUCUUUCUCCCUCGCUCUCCCUCUUCACAUUUCUUUCUUUCUUUCUUUCUUUCCAUCUUUUUCUUUACUUAUUUGCUACCCUCUUUAUUUUCUUUUUGUAUUCUUUCUUUAUUUCAUUCUCUCUUUGUCUCGUUCUCUUCACAUUUCUUUCUUUCUUUCUUUCUCUUUUCUUUCAUUCUUCCUAUUUCUUUCUAUCUUUCGUAAUUUCUUAUUUUCUUUAUUUCCUUUCUUCUUCGCUUUUAUUCAUGACUAUUUCUACCCUCUUCUUUAUUUCCUUUUUAUUUCAUUUCACUCCUCUUUCUUUCUUUCGUUCUUUCUUUCUUUCUUUCUUUCUUUCUUUCUUUCUUUCGUUCUUUCUUUCUUUCUUUCUUUCGUUCUUUCUUUCUUUUUUCUUUCCCUUUCUUUUUGUUUCCUGCCUUAAUUCAUUAAUCCUUAUUUGUUUUCUUCUUCCCAGCUUCUUCUUUCUUUAUUUGUUACCUUAUUUCUGUCCUUAUUUACCUUCUUUCUUUCUUUCUUUCUUUCUUUCUUUCUUUCUUUCUUUCUUUCUUUCUCCUCUCUUUCCUUCUUUGUUCCCUUUUCCUUCUUCUUUCUUUCUUACUUUCUUUCAUUCUUUCCUUAUUUACCUCUUCUUUCUAUAUUUCUUACUUUUUCUUUAUUCAUGGAUUUCUUUUCCUCUCUAUUUUCUUCAAAAUUCCUUCAUACCCUUGUCUUUCUUUCCAUUUUUUUCUUAUUUGUUUCGUUCGUUUUUUUUCUUCAUGUCAUUUUCUUUCUUUCAGAGAUUUCCCUAUAUUUUCUUCGAUAAAUUCCAUUUUCAAAUUCUAUAG